AUGCGGCUGCGGGCGCCCCUUCGGGAGAACAAAGGCGGGGGCCGGCCGGGUCCGUCCCCGCACACCUCCCCCGCCGGGAGCUCCGCAGCCCGGACAAGAGCACAGGCAAAAAAUGACACUUUUCUAAGCUUUGCUUGGCGCAAAGGCGCGUUUGGAAAACGUUCGCUCUGCCUGUUUUGCCCAAAGCUUUUUCUCCCGCCGGUUUUCCCUAAGGAGUCCCCAAAAACUGCUCGGGAGGGCUGCUCGGGCACUAACGAGGCCGUGGGGGGAGCGGCUGCCCCGUUCCCGGGGGCGCGUCCCCGUGUUGCAACCCAGGGCUGCGCGGAGAAACUCCCAGCCGGAUUUGCGAGUUUCUUGGUCAUCAGAGGAACGAAUAACGCGGCUGCUCUUAGUUUAGAAAGCGGGAGGGGGAACGUGACGACGCCCGGCAGAGAUUCCCGCACCUCACCUCCAAGACUGGCCGGCGAGCUGCUUUCUCCUGCGCUUCCUUCCUCGGGGAAGAGGGACCGGCCGGGCCGCGCUCCCCGGCAGCAUAUGGGCUCCCGGGCCCGGAGCCACCGGCUCCGCCCCCUCCCCGCGCCCGGCCCGGGCUCCCUCCUCGGCUCGGGUGUCCCACUGAUUUUCCUUAAGGAGAUAGAAAAUUGUAUUGAAAACCCUGAGCUUCUUGCCCGAUGCUUUUUAAAAAGAAAAGAGGACCUCCAAAUAUAUGAAAAGUACUGUCAGAACAAACCAAGAUCUGAAGCUCUCUGGAGACAGUGUGGAGACAGCAUCUUUUUUCAGGAAUGUCAGCGUAAAUUGGAUCAUAAACUCUCACUAGAUGCUUAUCUCUUAAAGCCAGUCCAGAGAAUCACCAAGUAUCAGUUGCUGUUAAAGGAAAUGCUGAAGUGCAGCAAGAAUUCAGAGGGUACUGCUGAAUUGGAAGAAGCCCUGGCCACGAUGCUUGAUAUCAUCAAAUCAGUAAAUGAUUCCAUGCACCAGAUAGCAAUCACAGGAUAUGAGGGCGAUGUCAGUGAGCUUGGCAAGCUGUUGAUGCAGGGUUCCUUCAACGUGUGGACCGACCACAAGAAGGGGCACAACAAGGUGAAGGACUUGGCUAGAUUCAAACCAAUGCAGAGACACCUCUUCCUCUAUACAAAGAUGCUACUUUUCUGCAAGAAACGGGAGGAGAACACAGAUGGCCACGAGAAGACAGCUUCGUACAGCUUUAAAAAUUCAUUAAAGAUGAGCACUGUGGGCAUUACAGAAAAUGUGAAAGGGGAUAACAAGAAGUUUGAGAUCUGGUAUAAUGGCAGAGAAGAGGUCUAUAUCAUUCAGGCAUCUUCCGUUGAGCUGAAAAACACCUGGAUUUCAGAGAUUCGCAAAGUCCUGACAGGACAACUGGAAGCGUGUAGAGAAGCAAGUCAACUGCACCAAAGAAUCACUGAGAGUGUAUACCAUGCACCGAUGGAUUCCAAUGCAAGCAGGUAUAGCAGGAAGUCAUCAAGUAUUUAUGAAAACAAAUCUGAGACAUCAAACGUGGAAGCAUCUAACAAUAAAAACAGGAAUUCCAGUCCCAGCGCCAAACAAAAGAGAGUUGAUGCUUCCACCAGCCUUAACCUUGAGCGCACAGCGCUUGCUAGAAAGCGAUUCACAUUGCAAGGUCUUUCCAACCGCAGAGCUCCACCCAAAGAUCCAGAGUCUAAGGACAGAGAAGUUACCCGUCGCUUUUCCCUUGCCUCCUCCAUCAGCACCACAGUUAAUGCUUCUGCUGUGACCAAAGGUCCCCUUGUUCCUGCAGUUAAAGUCAAGAGACAUGAAAUAAAGAGUGACCCAACUCCCCUGGGGUUUGAAGAUGCUUUUGAGAACACCAUAUUGGCCCAGACUAACUCUAAUACCGGUUCCACCAUGAGAUCCGUACCUAGAUCUGCUUCACAGACAGGUUGGCCCAGCAGGCAAAUGCCUUCUCUAGACACAUUUGAAGAUUUUGAAGCCAUCCCUUCCAGUAUGGAUGAACUCUCGAACUCCUCUGACUUGGAGGAAGAGACCAACCCUAAUAAUGGGAGCAAUCUUUUUCGGGUGGAAGGCAGCUUUGACAGCUGUUUCCCGGAUUCUCUGACUCUCGAGGAUGGAGAUUUGGUGCAGUUUGUGCAGGAAGGAGAGAACGGUCAAUGGUUAGUGAAGAAACUGGUCUCUGAGAAAAGUGACUGGGUUCCUUCCAGUAUAUUGCAGCCAGCAGAGGGGGACAGUAACAACAUAAUUAAGAACAGCAAUGCAGACAUGUACAACGAUUCCUGCAGUACAGCCUCAGUAGAGUCAGACACGAAGGAAAGUGAGGUGGCCAAAAGCUUCCCAGCAGAACAGAGGGCUGGCAGCUGAACAGCAGGACCAGCCUUCCUCAGGACCCCAUCCAUCUGUCUUUAUUUUGGGUGGACACUGGAUCAAAGUUGCCUUUCUCACAAGCUCUGAGGUUCACAAUUCACUAAAACUUUAUCACCAUGAACAGACGAGAACUGUGCUGUCCACCUGGCAAGCUGGAAAAAACAAACUUGAAAGGAGCAUUAAACAUCCAGAAAACAUCAAACCUACCUUCAGUGUUAGAGGAGAAAAAUGCUUCUUGCAUUGGUUAUCAAACUGUUUCAGAAGAUGUGGCCUAAAUUAGGUCGACAGCAGAGCUGAAGAGUUUCUAUGCACGCACCUUUUGGCAACUUUGCUUGAGCACCACGUCACUGCACGGGGCACGGGAUGGUUACGAGUUCUUGCUCACCUGGACGUUUUUCCAUUUGCUUGCCUCUGGCUGUGCCUUCCCUGUCCUCCUUAAUUCCAGCUGAUACGUCAUCACAAACGUGCCCUUUUUGCUAUGGUCAACACCAAAACCAUCCAAUUUUAGGGUGGCUGGGGAAAGGAACCUUCUGACUGGGACCAUCAGAGAGGCUCCGCGCAGCAGUGACGUGACUCCCUCGCGAUGGCACUGCUGCACACAGCAUUCCACAGCUUGGAAUGAUGCAGGUGGCAGCUCCUGGCUAUGACACGGAGGUGCAGGGCUUAGCAGGGAAGUAAAGAUAUGUAACAGCUACUGUGACAAAGAACAUUUUGAACUGUUUUACAAUCUUAGUCAUUCCUCUGCCCCCUCUGCAGUCCUGGUUGCUGGAUCACAACUCUUUGCAUUUGGUGCCAAGAAUUCAAUUGAAUGCCAUUUACUGUCACAUGUUUGAGUAGACUGCAUGCUUUCCUCGUGUGCUGGGCUAUGAGUAGAUACAUUUCACCCCCCAUUUGGAAUAUACUUAAGCAUUGCAAAUAGGCAGUGAGCAUUAGAAUGGAUAAAGUGUUGUUGUUAAAUACUUCUUUCCAGGACAUUUGAUUAAAGGACUGUACCAAAUCUCUGCCACAUAAGGAUGUAAUGUAUAAUAUAAAGUGAUUAGAGAUGUUAUUAUUCCUAUACAAGCCAUUAGCUCAUUUAGAGCAGCUGUUAAGGCAUGAAGGCAUUUUGAUGGUAAUUGGGUCUUAGGUCCCACAAAAGCUGCUAAUACUGUAGUAAAGAUAAGUAUUGACUAGGUUUGCAAACAGGCAAAGAUCAAUCUGGUAAAAAUGAUCCUAGAAGAAGCUCAAGAGUGAGUGAGUGGCUUUCACUCUUAGGGAUGUUUUGUUGAACCCUCAGUGGUGCUUUAUGUAAAUAACAAAGGGGACGAAAGCACUAAAAAUGGAGACAAAGCAAAACCAAAACCCACUCUUUACUAACUGAGGCUCUGAGCAAAACAGUAGGUGUCUGUCUCACCUCUGCUAUCACCGUUGCAGGGACCUGAAUGUUUUUCUUUCUGUCUCAGUGGAGGCUGGUGUUGCAAAUAUCUUAGUGUGUGAGUCAGGAUAGCUGUGACACAGGUAGAUAGUCCCAUUCGAGUAGGUAAAGGCUUAUUCAGAUUUUUUUUGCCUGUGAAGCCAUUGCUUGAUUAUGAUUUGCACUGUGGUGAUUAAUUCCCAUGGCUCUUCUAACCCUCCAUAUCUGAUCCCUGUGAUUUUGGACAUUUUCCGUUCACGACUAAAGGACCUGAGAGUUCUGUAUCUUUUUGGAAAAUGAUUUUGUCCUAUAGAGAGUGGAGCUUACCUGUUUUCUGCUGGUCACUUACCUCAGAAAUGACACAUAGGCUCUCAGGAACAUGAAUCCUCUUGGUCUACAGUAGUUCUCAGCAUCUUAAGGGAAGAAUUCAUUCCUUUCAGGAAUGAAACAUGUGGUGAUGUUUUCUUGUAGUACAAUUCCUUUAUCCUCUCCCUAAAAUGAGCCCAUUCUGGUUUCAGUAAUUUUUGCAGUGCUGCUGUCUACUCCUGCCCUAAGCAGAGGAGAGGGAAGGGUAGGGAGCAUUGAUUGCAUAUUAAUAAGUACAGUAAGCUUUUGUGUGAGGGAGAGAGAGAUGGGGAAGGGUUAUCCUGGGUAUAUGAAACUGCCAAAAUGAAGAUUUGUGACAUUGCUGAGAGAUGGAAUGAUGAAAACCUGCACUUUGGAGUUUUCUUUUUGAGGAAUCUCAUUCUUAUGGUGAAAUGGCAGUGGGAAGUCUCUGUUUGAUCUGAGGAUGAGAAAUCAGAUACUGCCAGUCCCUUUCCUACCUCUGCUGUGAGCAGGAUGACAGUGUGCAAGUCCUAUAUCCCCUAUAUCCCUGCAACCCUCCUGUAAAAUGGGAGCUAUUGAAUUUCCCUCCUGUUGAAUUAUGAUGCUAAAUUUUACCAUGUAUGCAAAAACUGGGGACCCUUCAGGGGAAAGCGAAGCUUUGAACCCCAUAUGUCCCACUGUGCCCUCCAUGAGUGCCAGUGGCAGCACCCUGUGGAGCAGCCUAGAGCUGGAGCAGGGAAGAGGAUUGCUGAUGAAAUGUCUCCUCUCCCAGCUCACCAUCUCAUUGUGACAACUGCAAAGGUAUGGGCUGGAUUAUCACAGUUCUCCUCCCUACUUUGCUUUUGAAAACAUUUUUUUUUCCCCUAAAAAAUGUUUUAUCCUGCUAGACCAAAGUUUGAGUCACUCCUGCUCCACAAGUGUCCUGAGGAUGACAGGUAACUCUCUGCCCCACUGCCACUCAGCAGUGGCACAGCACUCUGCUCCUUGGGAGCUGACUGUGCCACAGCUACUCAGACACGCUGAACCUGAGCAGGGAGCCCACAACUAUUAAUUGUGUCUUUAACCCUCCAGCAGUGCUGGUGAGCCAGAGGCAGUUCCUUGUUCCUGUCUCCACGUUCCAAACCCAGAGCACACAGCAGCCCUGGCAGCUGCUGCUGGGCAGUGACCAGGCCCUCUGUCAGGGAGACAGGGUUUGAUUUGAGAAAGAACAAAGUUCAGGGACAGAUCAGGCUGCUGACAAGUCCAGGAGCAGCCCAUAAAAAGUAACCCUCUGGCUUUGCUGAUGAGACAAAAUGGGUUUUGAUGACUUUUUGUUUUGUUUUGUUUUGUUUUGUUUUUAAAGGGUAGACAGGAUAGUCUUUUAAUUAGUGUAUUUCUGUCAAGCAAGGUGAUAAUUAAGGGAAUGGCUUUCCAUGUACAGUCUAGAUUAUGAUCUGGUAAUGUCCAGCAAGACUAAUGCCUAUGUUAAGGUACACUCUGUAUGUAGGCCUUUGACCCUAUCCUUUUCAGGUAGACACACCUAAAAAUCAUAGUUUUCAAAUAUGGAUUUCAUUUCAGUGUUGUUUGGAGAUUAGAUAGUGACCAGAAAGUAAUUUAAAAGUAACAGCUGCCACUAAGUUUUGGUCGUAGAAGACACAAGAUCCCAGGUAAAUCUGGGCUGUAGCAGCACUUGUGGCUGAGCAGUGCCCUUGCUGCUGGACCAGUGAGUCCGUGCCAGUUGCCUGCUCUGCUCUCUGGGGCUGUGCUGGUGAGCCCUGCCCUCUGGGCUCAGGGUCCCCUCUGCUCUGCUGCUCUUCUGUGAAACUUGCAGGAACUUCACAUCCUCAGAACUGCCCUCUGCUCAGGCAGCUGCAGGUGGGCAGCACAGUCCUUCCUCACCAGCGGCAAAGAGCCGGGCAGUUGCCAUGACACACAAGUCUUGAUUUUAGUAAACCAGGUUAACAUUUAAUCAGGGCUCAUCCUUUCCUCUCACCUUGAGCCCCACAGGGUGGAGAAUCACACUAAUGGUCGUUGUCUUGAUCAUAAACAGCUGCAGCCAAACCACCACAUCUGAGCUCUGGCUCUUCUUGCCAGUGACAGCAAAGCUGUGUGUGUGUGUCUUAUGUUCUGGUUGUGUGUGUGAUGAAAAGCCAUUUUAUUAUCUAUGAUUUUCUUAGACUCUUGAUAUUUCAAACAGGAUUGGGUAUGAGAAAGGCUAUGUGCUUCCUUUCCAAAAAUAUACUCAAAGACUUCAAAUAUAUAUAUGAUUAGAAAUAUAUAAGAAUAAGAAGAAAAAAGAGCCAAAAUGUGUAUUUCUUCUUGCAGCUGGAGCUGAAAUAGCUGCUAAGAUUUCCUCUCCCCAGCUGAGAAUUGGUACAGUUUGUUUUUCUUACAUGAUUUCCAUGGUGUUGAUAAUGAUGUAUUUGUAUAUUGUGACUGAUGAGAGAUAAUCAGACAGGGAAAGAGCACAGAAUUACCUGUCCUUUUUUCCAGUCAAGACAGAAUGUAUGAAUUUAUUACAAGAAAAAAGUGUGCAAAUGAACUUCCUGUAAUUAGGCCAUUCUGACCUGUGUAGAACCACACUUUGUUUGAAAUUUAUAAAAAUUAUAACUAGUA